AUGUGUCAAAUCGGAUUUCCACCACGUUUAGAAACUUUUUUCUCUUUGAUAACUGAACAUUUGAAUGAACGAAAAACAGAGCAAAUAUCGAAUAUAUUUAGAGAUUUUAGAUGUUCUGGUUAUAAUUUCUCAGAAUGUGAAACACAUGCAUUUUAUGUUUCAUGUUGGACUUUGAUCAAUCAACUAUUAGACGAUAAUUUUUUUUUGGAAGCUUUUUCAAUAUAUCGAGGGCUUCGAGAAAUCAAUCCUAAUUUAUAUUUUGUGGAUGACGCAUUUUCGUUAAUGCAAAUCUUAUUAAAGAACAAUUUUUUUGAUGAGGCAUUUUCAAUAUACAUGGAACAACAUAAAAAAUUUAAAAAUAAAUUCAUAAACAACUUGAUUCAACAAUUUUGUCUGUCACCUGAUUGUCAACAUUCGAUAACCCUCGCCAAAAUGUGGAUAGACAGUAAUCCAAAGCAAAGUUCUCGUCUUUUAGCUGCAUGUAACAAGGUUAUUUAUUAUUUAUCAGAGAAUUACAAACUAUCUGAGAUGAUUAAUUUUUACGAAUAUAUGAUAGAUAACGGUGUUAGGCCUGACGUUGAAACUUAUACCACGAUCAUAAAUACUUAUGCAAAAAUUCCUGAUAUGUCUCGAGCCGAAAAGUAUUACGAGGAAAUGAUUGCAAAUGGUAUAUCUCCAAAUAAUCUUACUUAUCUGAUGUUCAUGAAUGGAUAUAUACGCGAUAAGCAAUUAGAUAAAGCAAAAGAAAUUUUUGCGACUAUAAAAAAACUCAAACUUCCCAUGGACUCCUCUUGGCAUACUCUGACUUAUGGAUAUUUAGAGGAUAAAGAUAAUCAUCUUCUGGGCUCAUGUAACAAGGUGUUGAGUUAUUAUACCAAAAAUUCUGCUCUAAUUGAUUCAGUCGAGUUAUUUGAUGAAAUGCUAAAGUCUAAUGUUAAGCCUGAUGUUAUGUCUUAUUCGAUCCUUAUUGAUGGUUUUGCACGAGUGCCCAAUAUCGAAAAGGCCAAAGAGUAUUAUGAACGGAUGAUCGAGGCAAAUAUUUUACCCAAUCGAAUCACCUAUUUAUCAUUGUUAAAUGGUUAUGUUAAAGAAUCUAAAGUCGACGAAGCAUAUAAAAUAUUUCAAGAUAUGAGAGCUAAGGGAAUUCCUGCGGAUGAAAAAGCAUGCAACACGAUUUUAAAGGGAUUUCUAUUCCAGCGUGGAUUACAAGGGACGGCACCUCUAUUAAAUGAAUUUUCCAAUAUUGGAUUCCGUCCAAAUAUCGUCACGUAUAAUAUCUUUCUUUAUAAUUACAUGGUGAAGCAGGAGAUGCAAAGAGCGGAGGGUUUAUUUACCAAAAUGCUGGCAAAGGGAAUAAAACCAGACGAAUAUACCUUUGCUAUCUUAAUGAACGGAUAUGUUCGUGAGGGAAAUUUCAAUGCCGCAUGGGAAAUAUAUCAUGAAAUGAUCAAAUCUGGGAUUGAUUUGGAUAUUGUACUGGCUACAAAUAUCUUCGAUUUUUAUGGUGGAAAAAUGAAAUUAAAAGAUGCUAAACAACUCUACGACGAUCUAUUCGAUGUUUUCGGGGUAUCUUCAACAAAGUUGAAACCUAAUAUCGUUGCACUUAAUGCGUAUGUUAAGAAGGGAUUAAAAAGGGUGCUUCAUCCUCAAGUUGCCUAUAAUGUUUAUCGUGAUUUUCUGCUGGCAGUUAGUCCACUAUUUGCCGCCAAAAAGAUAGAACAUGGAGAAUUUGAGAAGAGUGAAUCAAACGAUAAUAAGAAUCGUCCCCUCUUUCAUCCUUUCCUUAAACUAUCGUAUUUAAAACCGGACGUCACCUCUUUCAACACUUUUAUCGCAAAGUUCGCAAUACGAUAUAAUGAUAUGACACGUGCUCUGAAAGUCUUUCAAGAUAUGAACGAACUUAGAAUACUACCGGACGUAUUCACCUACACGAUAUUAAUUGAAGGCUUUGUAUCGCGACGAAAAAUGAAAGAAGCUCUUGUUGUAUACAAUGAAAUGAAGCGGAAUGGCGUGAAGCCAAAUGCUUAUACAUACACUAGUCUGAUUAAAGGGUGGAUGAAAAUAAACAACAAGGAAAAGUCACUACAAGUUUAUAAAGAGAUGCGUGAUUUGGGACUAUUACCUACUAAAGGCACAUAUUGGGCUUUAAAGAGAAGUGUUAACUUCUCUUCAUAUAAUAAUUUCGAUGAUAAUUCGCAUAUUUUUAGAAUAUACUCUUCAACAAUGGCUUCACAACGUGCAAAUAAAACCUCGCAAAAGUUAGUUGAGAAAUCCAAUUUCACUCCAAUGGAGCUUAAAGUUUACCAGUUCAUAAAUAAUAAUCAAAUAUCUGGCGAGUCAGCGGAAACAGUAGUUAGUUCCUUAAAUAUCAAAAUGAAAGAUGCAGUAGAGAUUAUUAACAAGUUAUCCAGAUCUGGAUUGAUUGAAAUGCGAGUGCAACCUGAUAAUACGAUUACUUAUUAUGCGACAAAUGUGCGUGAUAUUCAAGAUGAAACAGAUUUUGACAAUGAUGAGAAACUAGUACUUUAUCACAUUAAAACGGCUGGCAAUGAAGGAAUUUGGACUAAACAUAUUAAAACUAAUACCGGUCUGCAUCAAAGCGUAAUCACGCGUAGUUUGAAAAAUCUUGAAUCUAAGGGUAUAAUCAAGGCAAUAAAAUCAAUAAAACAUCCCACUCGAAAGAUAUACAUGCUAUCGCAUCUUACGCCUUCAGAGGAUAUUUCGGGUGGUCCAUGGUUCUCUGAUCAAAAAUUGGAUGUUGACUUUGUGGAGUCAUUGACUGAAGCUGUUUACCGAUUUAUAUUAUCAAGGAGUUUCCCCAAAGGCAAUCCAGAUGCCGUGUAUUCAACUUUUCAUCCGAGUUAUCCUACCGCAACCCAAAUUCAUCGAUUUAUCACAGAGAGCAAAAUUAGUGACGUGGAACUGGAAUUGGCAAAUAUAAAUUCCCUUCUUGAUCUCUUGAUAUUUGAUGGGAAAGUCGAACGGAAAAUUACCGUUUCCGACGCUGCACUAUACGAUUUAAUGGAAGAAGAUGAGAGUUCAGGCGAAAUUGUCUAUAAGGCAAUCCGUGAUCAUAAAUCUCGCGGAAAUGCAUUAACAGAUGUUCCAUGUGGCAAAUGUCCGUUGUUUAAUUUGUGUUCUGAGGAUGGCGUUGUAUCGCCUUCAUCUUGUGUUUAUUUUAGAAAGUGGCUGCUCGAUUAUUGA